GUAAAGUAAAUAUAAAAGUGCUGGAAAAUUUUGUAAAAGUGCGUGAAAUUAUUUUAUAAACUCGAAAUCAGUGUUCAUGGAAUAUUCCGGAUGUAAUGAAGACAAACAUCAAUGAUUUACGACUUACCGUCAUCAUUGUCGUCAUAUAAAAUAAUGACGUCACGUGACUCGAGAACUGCUGACAUCUAUAUUUAAAAUCAGCUGUGUGCCGGUUCCCGCCAAUCGCCAAAAUACAUAACCUGUAAAAAUGUGCUUAGUGAUGUCAACAAGUCAUGUUGUGUUUUUAGUGAAUGUGACAGUUUAAUGUUUACCGUAAUCUUUUAUUUUAAUACACAUUAUUAAGAAUUAAAUAUUUUUCCACAAUAUUUAUUUUCUAAUUAGAAUUCUUCUGUUUUGAAAUAAAUUCGAGUUACAAUGAGUAAUAAUAUAGAAAAACGUGUGACAAGAUCAACAAUAUUUUCAGAAGCAACAAAUUCAAGCUCAAGACGACAAUCAAUAGAUAAAAUAGAUGUUUUUGAUCGAGAAAAUGUUGAAAUUGUAGCAGAUAAUUAUAACUCAUCGGCAUUGUUUGAUGGUGAUUAUGACGUUAGAGGCAGUAAUUUUUAUGAACCAGUCGAUGCACCGAAACGAGGGAAAAUGUUGGAAAAAGCAAGAUCGUGCAUAAAAGAUCAAAAUAUAAAUCCAACUGUAGUUCUUGAAAAACUUAAUUCUCCAAAUGGAAAUAAGGCAAAAAGAAAUUUAUCUGUUGAUAAGGGCCGUUCGAUGAGAAAUUUCAAUUACGAAGCAGACGAUUUCGAAGAAAGUGUGUCUGAAGACAGUGAAUACGAACCCAAUGGUGAUUCAGACGAUACUGAAGAAAUGGAAAAUGAAACUGAUGAUGAUGUUGAUGAUGAAGAUGAAGAUGAAGGAGCUGAUGACUAUGACGAGGAAAAUGAAAAGGAAAGAAAAAAAUACCGAAUCAAAAAAAGUCAUGCAAAUGAUAUUGUUGAUGAUGAUGAUGAAAAUUAUGAUGAAACCAUGGAAAUGGACCAAGAAUCUGAAGGCGAAGCAGAAGGCGAUGAAUCAAUCAAACGAAAUACAAAAUUCAAAAAACAGCCAAAGUCUUCUAAAAAAAUAACUGCUGAUAAAAAUGACUAUACAGAAGUGCAUUUGAAUCCAGAAGAAUACUUUCAAACACAAUCUGAAAAAGUUAUAACUUCAAAUCACACGCUUGGAAGAUUAAGAACUGCCAAAUUGGACAAGGAGACAAUAGAUAAAUUAUUAGCGAAAAAUUUACACAUCUCUAAUUAUCAUAAGGAAGGAAUUAGUCGUCUUUAUGAAAAAAAUGUGUCACAAUUUUCUUUUUGGAACUUUAUGUUGGAGGAAGGUUUCAGUAUAUUGCUACACGGCCUGGGAUCGAAACGAACUUUAAUUCACGAUUUUCAGAAGCAAAUGAUUAAAGGUCGUCCAGCUUUGAUUAUAAAUGGAUUUUUUCCAAGUUUAACAUUAAAAGAGAUACUCGAUGGAAUAAUCAAGGAUUUAAUGGAUCUAGAAGUGCCAUCGAAUGUAAAUGACUGCAUGGAAUUAAUUGAGGAGACAUUGAAAAAACAUCCGGAUGAUAGAAUUUAUUUACUGAUUCAUAAUAUUGAUGGACCUUCGCUUCGCGCGAAGAAAAUUCAGGAUAAACUUUCGUAUCUUGCAAGUUUUCCUAAUUUACAUCUUGUUGCUUCAGUUGAUCAUAUUAACGCUUCUCUCUUGUGGGAUAACGCGAAACGUGCAAGAUUCAAUUUUUAUUGGAGCAAUGCAACGACAUUUAUGCCAUAUAAGGAGGAAACUCUGUACGAAAAUUCGCUGAUGGUACGUCAGAGUGGAGCACUUGCCUUAUCAUCACUUCACAAUGUCUUUUUAUCCCUACCGGAUAAAUCGAAAUCUGUAUAUAUUAUUUUGGUCAAUUAUCAAAUUGAAAAUGCAAAUGCACAUUAUCCAGGAAUGGCUUUUAAAGAUUUGUAUCAAAAAGCACGAGAAGGAUUUUUUGUUACUAAUGAGAUUACAUUAAGAACACAAUUGACGGAAUUUCUCGAUCAUAAAUUGAUUAAAGAAAAACGUGGUGUCGAUGGAAUACAAUAUUUAACAAUUCCCUUGGAUAAGGCAUUGCUGCAGCAAUUUUUGGAGCAACAAGAAGAUGACAAAUGAUAAUCUAAUUUAUUUUUCGAUGACAAAUUUUAGUUUUAUAAAAAAAAAGUCAUGAAAAAUAUAUUUUUUACUUAAUUUCAAUUCAACAAAAUUUGUACAAAAAUUUUUCAAGUAGAGCAAGUGAAAUAAUCCGUCAAUUUUAAUUAUUUAUUGGCAAAAUUUUUGAUUGUCGAAUGUGCCGGGACAGUAUUAUUUUUCUAUGUACAAUUUCACAAAUUUACAAAACUAUGAAUAUUAUUUUUUUACUUAAAUAGUGAAAUAAAAUUUUUCAUUUAGAUUAAUAAAUUUUUUUUAAAAAUUGAAAA